CCCUUUUCUCCUCCCCUUCUCGGUUUCUUCUACUUGCAGAUUUACUGCGUUCGAGCGUCUUCGGCAGAUUUCAUUUCCUGCUCGUAGUUUCUCUUCGAAUUUCUUCUUCUUCUUCUUCUUCUUCCUUUUUUACAAGCAACGCUCUCCCAUGGCUUUCUAUUACGCCGGAGGCGUAGAUCAAAGAGAGCCUCAGCCUCACUUCCUGGAUGCUUGCUCUCUUUGCAGCAAACCGCUUGGUUAUAACUCCGAUAUCUUCAUGUACAGAGGGAACACACCGUUUUGCAGCAAGGAGUGCAGGCAAGAACAGAUAGAACUAGAUGAAGCGAACGAGAAGAAGUGGAGGAUGGCGUCGAGAUCGGUGAGGAAAUCAUCAGAUUCCAACAACUCUUCUCCCAGCAAAGCUGUACGGACUGGGACACUUGUAGUAGCCUGAAAAAAAUACAAAAACAAGAACAAAAAAAAUUCACCACGAAGAAACAAAGCACAGAGUGGUAACCAAUUUUGCAAAGUGAGAAUCCCACGUUCGCCAUAUACAUAUGUAUGUAUGUAUCAAUGUAUGUAUGUAUGUGUGUUAAAAAGGCGUUAUUGUAAAGGAUUGGUGGGGAAGUGAGGGGGAGGGGAUUUGUAAUUCAGAGAAAUAAGUUUAAGAUUGUCAGAGAAAUUUGUCUUUUGCUUUGAUGUUUAUCCACAGAGCAGCGCUGGAUUGAAUGGGAAGAUCUGUAUGGAUGAUCUUCGUGUUCAAGUUCUUACUCUGUUGUCAGAAAGAUUUUGGAGGCAAAAAGAUCAAAACAAGCAUCUUUUGUUUUACAAUUCAA